AUGGCCGACCCCCGUGAAUUCAUAGACGAGGCAGACAAGUUGCUCAAACCACAAUCAUGGUUCCUGCUGUUGGUUAGUGGAAGUUCACAAUAUUCUAGACAAGAAGAAGCUAGUGAUUUAUAUGUUCAAGCCGGGAAUCAGUAUUUAUUAAAGAGAGAUUUUAAUAAUGCUGCUAGUCAAUUUUUAAAAGCUUCGAACAUACAAAAGGAGUUACGUAAUGAUAAUGAGAUGGCCAAUUAUUUGAUUGAAGCAUAUAAAUCGUUUAAAUUUGUAUCGCCACCAGAUGCAAUCAAGGCAUUAUCGCAAGCCAUUGAUAUUUAUUCAGCCCGUAAUGGACAGUUUAGAAGAGCAGCCAAUUGUACCAUGGAUUUAGGAGCAUUAUAUGAACAAACCAAUGAAAUUGAAAAAGCUGGAGAAGCAUAUGAAAAAGCGGGACAAUUAUAUACUGUUGAUCAUGCCGAAGCAUUAUCUAGUAAAGCUUUUAAUAAGGGAGCCGAUUUAUAUGCAUUGGCUGGGAAUUAUUCCAAAGCAAUUGAAUUUUACGAAACGGUUAGUAAAGUUAAAGUUCAUGAAUCUUUAACUUCAUGGAGAUUGAAGGAAUAUUAUUUAAAGAUCAUUUUAUGUAUUUUAUGUUUGGAUGAUUUUGUUGGAGCACAGAAAAAAUUCGAUGAAUUUAAUGGAGAAGGAAUUUGGGAAACUACAAGAGAAUACAAAUUUGUUCAGGAUAUCUUAGAAUCCAUUGAUCAGGGCGAUGUUCAAGCUUUCACUGAUCGGGUCUAUGAAUUUGAUCAAUUUAGUAAAUUAGAUAAAUUAAAGACCCAGUUAUUAUUAAAGAUCAAAAAGUCCAUUUUCGAAAAGGAAGAUGAUGAUUUAACAUAA